AUGAGUUCACAAACUGGACAAGGACAAUCAUCAUGCAGAAACCCCGAGGACGAUUUCGGAGAGCCAAUUGCGGUCAUUGGUAUGGCAAUGCGGCUACCAGGCGGAGUUCGAUGUGGAGAUGAAUUUUGGGAAAUGCUCGUGAAGAAACGGGAUGGGUUUUGUCAAGCGCCUCCUUCGCGGUGCUCUAGAGAAGCAUCUAGUAGCCCUGAUUGUGGAGACCUGAGCGACACGAAAAAAGGGUUCUUUUUGCAAGAAGAUCCAGCUUGUUUUGACGCUUCCUUUUUUUCCGUUCCUCCCCACGAGGCGGCGCGCCUGGACCCCCAGCAACGGCUCUUGCUGGAGGUGGUUUGGGAGUGCCUGGAGAACUCGGGGGAGACCAAGUGGAGGGGUGAGAAGAUCGGUUGUUUUGUUGGAGUUUUUGGCGAGGAUUGGCUAGAAAUAUCGCAUAAAGACCCCCAGCAUCUCACUCAGAUAUACCCCAUCGCCACCGGUGGUUUUGCGUUAGCAAACCAAGUGUCAUAUCGGUUUGAUCUCCUGGGUCCGAGCAUGACCAUACAAACGGCUUGCUCUUCGUCCCUGGUCUGCCUACAUGAGGCCUGCCAAGCACUUCGGUCUGGAGACUGCUCGACAGCCCUAGUGGGCGGGACAAGCCUUAUGUGGGGCCCAACAAUGACAGAUGCAAUGACCAAAAAUAUGGUUUUGUCGCCAAGUGGUAUAUCUCAUACCUUUGAUGCUGAGGCAGAUGGCUAUGGUCGUGGUGAAGGGAUUAACUGCAUUUAUCUCAAGCCAUUGCGAGAUGCGCUUGGUGACAACGACGCUAUCCGCGCCGUCAUCCGCUCCACAGUGACCAACCACGACGGCAAGACCCCUAACUUUUCUCAACCGUGUCCUAUAUCUCAAGAAAAGUUAAUUCGACACGCAUAUCAUAUUGCAGGAAUUGAUGCUAUCCACGAAACACCUGUUUUUGAAUGUCAUGGGACAGGGACAGCUGUCGGCGAUGUCAUUGAAGCAACCGUCGUUGGAAAAAUGACCAAAGGAGAAGCAACAUAUAUAACUGCUGUCAAACCAAAUGUCGGCCACUCUGAGGGUGCCUCGGGCAUUACAAGCAUCAUCAAAUCCAUAUUAUCCCUUGAACACAAGAUCAUCGCCCCCAAUAUUCAUUUCAAGAAGCCAAAUCCCCAAAUCCCAUUCACCGAGGCAAAUCUCCACGUUCCCCUAGAGCCGACUCCGUGGCCUGCUGGCAGGCCUGAAAGGAUCAGCGUAAAUUCGUUCGGUAUCGGGGGAUCCAAUGCCCACGCUAUUCUGGAGUCCGCCUCUGCGAUCUCUUUGAAGUCUCAAGCCAGCUCGCUUGGUAUUUCCAACCCACAGCUUUUGCUACUUUCUGCGCACACUGUGGACACUCUUCGCAAACGCAUCAGCCAGAUCACCGACUAUGUAAAGAAGCACCCAGAUUGCCUGUAUGAUCUUUCGUACACUUUGGCGACCCGAAGAUCGCAUUUACUCCACCGGGCCUUUGCCGUGACGCAGCCAAGUAACCCAAUUUUAGAUGAUGCGGCGUUUUCACUAUUUAAUACCAGUUCACCAAAUGUCACAUUUGUGUUCACAGGUCAAGGAGCUCAAUGGCCCAGAAUGGGUCUGAGGCUUUUGUCUGAUUUCCCAAGAUUCAAGGAGAAUAUCAUUGCGAUGGAUGAAGCGCUCCAAAAACUAUCCGAUGGCCCGAAUUGGUCUUUAUCUGAUGAACUCAGCCAAGAAAUUUCGAUUUCUCGUGUCCAUGAAGCCGAGUUCUCUCAGCCGCUCUGUGUUGCACUUCAGAUAGGUCUGCUAAAUAUUCUGAGGAGCUGGGGAAUUGAACCAACCACAGUCGUCGGGCAUUCGAGUGGAGAGAUUGUGGCCGCUUAUGCUGCCCGAGCCAUUUCGAUGAGGACUGCUAUCAUUCUAGCAUAUUACCGGGGAAAAGUGGCACAACCGCUGGAAGGCUUAGGUGCUAUGGUAGCCGUUGGCCUUUCCCCGGACGAAGUCGCACAAUACCUGACACCUGGAGUGGUUGUUGCCUGCCACAACAGUCCACAUAGUGUCACCUUAUCAGGAGACAAUGACUCGGUUGACCGUGCAAUCAAAAGCAUUAAGGAUGCAAACCCAGAAACCCUUUGCCGGCGGCUGACAAUUAAAAUUGCUUAUCAUUCCGCCCAUAUGAAACAGAUUGGCUCCGAAUAUGAGGAUCGCAUCUGUACCCAUAUUGAACAUGAGCAAGGAAUGAUUCCUUUCUAUUCUAGUGUGACUGGUGACACAAUCACCGACCCUUCCAGACUAGAUGCAUCAUACUGGCGACGGAAUCUGGAAUCACCGGUGCUUUUCACCGAGGCUAUCCAGAAUCUACCUAAUAGUGGAAUCCCGGUUUUCUUAGAAAUUGGGCCGCAUUCAGCCCUCGCCGCUCCUCUGCGACAGAUAUUUCGAACUCUGGCAGCACGGUCGCCGGUCUAUAUUCCCACCCUGUUUAGAUAUGACGAAGACGUUCAAGGGCAACUGCUGCGAACAGCUGGACAGGCUUAUGCAAAUGGCUUGGAAGUCAAUCUAUCAAGCAUUAUUAAGCCUGGGAAGAUGUUGACGGACCUUCCACCUUAUCCUUGGCAACAUGAUCGUCCCUACUGGAGUGAGAGUCGACUGAGUCGGGAGUGGAGGCAGCGCAAGUUUCCGCAUCAUGAAAUACUCGGUUCACGAGUCGUGGAUACCGCCGAUAAUGAGCCUUCUUGGCGCAAUCUAGUCACGCUGGACAAUGUGCCCUGGCUUAUGGAUCAUGUAAUCCAAGGAACGGUCACAUUCCCAGGCGCUGGAUUUGUCGCUAUGGCAGGCGAGGCUGUCCAGCAGCUGUAUCCCGAAAACGAUAGUUAUUCAGUGCGUAAUACAACAUUUAUAACGCCACUGCUAUUCCACGAGGGAGAUCAGAUCGAAAUAGUGACCAGCCUGAGCCCAGUUGAAGUAGCCGACAGAGUCCAAUCAGGCUGGUAUGGCUUCAAAAUCAUGGUUCACGACGGAGAACGAUGGACUAUGCAUUGUCAGGGUCAAGUAAGAGCAGGCUCUGAUCAUCCACCAGAGGUAUUUCCUAUAUCUUCCUAUAACCGAGCUGUGCCAUCUGAAAGUUUUUACCGAGUGCUUCAAAGGAGCGGGAUAGAAUACGGCACUCAGUUCCAGGGCCUAGAGCAGAUUACGGCCGAUCCCACCGGGCCAAGGGCAACUGCAACCGUUAUAGGUAACCGCGGGCUGCGUGGGAGCAGGUAUUCGCUGCAUCCCACGGCCAUUGAUCAAUGCCUCCAACUUAUGGGUGUGGCCUGUUCCCAGGGAUUGCUGCGGCAUCUCACAACGAUAUAUGUGCCGGCUAUGAUAGACUCGUUGUUUGUCAGUCCAGGGGGUCCACCUAUGCCAGGAAGCGCCCGAACCAAGAGGGGUGUGAGGGAUGGCCAGCUAGGCGAUGCUAUUGCCAUGCUUGGUGAUCGAGUGGUUCUCUCUAUUCAAGGAGCUUACCUUUUUGCCUUGGAAAAUGAUAACAUAGAUUCUGGAACUGGAGUUACGAGCUCAGUAAGCCACCUUCAGUGGAAACCGGACAUUAAUCUUUUGCCGCCAGCAGCACUCUUGUCUACACCACCGGAUUCCACAUCCCAGGCCAUGAAUAUUAAAGCCCUCGGCCAGAUAUCCGCGCUUUUUGUUCUCGAGACAGUGGAGAAAAUUCGAGAUGUCGACCCAAUUUCGUCACAUUUCGCAAAAUGGAAGAAUUUUAUCCUGAGCGCAGCUGCCGAUAUCAAAGCAGGUGGACAACAAUAUAUUUACCCAGAAUCGUCUCAGUGGGCCUCGCGAAGCUGUGCAGACAGACAGGAAAUGAUACGGAAUGUGUUAGCAGAGACCAAAUUUACCUUUGAUGCUCCACUUGCGGAUUGCUUGCAGGUCGUCUUUGAUCACUGCGUAGCAUUUACAUCUGGAGAAAGCAGUCCAUUGGAGGUCCUCAUGAAAGACAAUCUGCUGCACAACUUUCAUGCUGCUCACACACAGUAUGCUGACUGGAAGCCGUUCCUACCGUUACUUUGCCACUCCAAUCCAGGCCUACGAGUACUUGAGAUUGGUGCGGGAACCGGCUCUGCAACUGCCAUGGCCCUAGAGCUUCUCAAAUCCACUAAUGGGGAGCGUAUGUAUGGACAGUAUGUUUUUACUGACAUCUCCUCAGGCUUUAUGGCUGCGGCAACAGAGAGAUUCGGCCAUGAGCAGUGUAUGGAAUACAAAGUUCUCGAUAUCACCAUAGAUCCCCGCGAACAAGGGUUUGAACCUCAGAGCUUCGACUUGAUCAUUGCAUCCAAUGUUCUCCACGCCACCCCCAAUCUUCACUCCGCACUGUGUCAUGUGCACUGUCUUUUAAAGCCCACCGGACGCUUUUUGCUUCAUGAAAUUAGCCCAGAAAUUCUAAUUGCAAAUUUCACCAUGGGUGUCUUUCCCGGCUGGUGGCUGGGAGAAGAUGAUGGUCGAGCAGUGCAGCCAUACAUCUCGCCCGAGCGAUGGGAUCGAGAGCUACGAGCUGCAGGUUUCACUGGAACAGAUGUGGCCGCUUACGAUCAAAAACCGCCAUAUCAUAUCUCCGCCAGCAUGCUAUCACGACUGGAGGAGCAUAAUCCCCUUCCUACCGAUGUCUGGCUCCUAACAAAGAGUUCUACCCAGUGCCAGUGGGCGAGAGAUGUUGAAUCACUGUUCCGCGAAAGAGGCCUCACCACUCACUGGACAACCUGGCACGAAGCACCACCCAAAGGAAAGUUCAUCCUGUCCCUGCUGGAUGUCGAAGGAUCUCCGAUAGGUUCCCUGCCGAAGACUGAUUAUGGAGUAUUACAACGAUACAUAGAGCAAGCACAAGAAUGCCAACUUCUAUGGGUCACACAGUCAACCUCUCACAGCUGCUCGGAUCCAAUGUUUGGCUUCGCCCAUGGGCUCGCCCGCACUUUACGCGCAGAGCUUUUGCUUGAUUUUUCAAUUCUGGAAAUUCCUACGUGGGACACUGCGGGCGCAAAGGCUGUAACACAAGUGUGCGAGAAAAUACAGAGAUCCCGCGCACUGUCCCUUCCUGACCCAGAGUAUGAGUUUGCAUUGCAUCGUGGCGAGAUCCAGGUCGGCCGGUACCACUGGACGCCUCUAGUUGAGCAACUUGCAAGUCCACCUCGCUCAGAUUCGUCCCGAAAGCUGACUCUCACGGCAUAUGGACUACUGGAUACGCUACACUGGGCCGAGAAAGAGGCAUCAUAUGAGUUAGAUAAUGGGGUGGUUGAAGUUGAGAUGGACUAUGUGGGACUGAACUUCAAAGAUAUGAUGGUUGCAAUGGGCUUCUUUGGAAACAAAGAAGACCUUGGACUCGAAGGCAGCGGUAUUGUGCUCCAAGUCGGAGCUGAUGUGACCGAUAUUGCAGUGGGGGAUCGUGUCAUGUUGAUGCAUUCUGGUGUUCUGGCUUCAAACGUUAUAGUACCGCAAGAAGCUUGUAUCAAGCUCCCGACGGGGUUGUCAAUGGCAGAUGCUGCCACGAUGUUAACAGCUUAUGUCACUGUUCUCUAUUCACUGCUCGAGAUUGGUGCUUUGAAGAAGGGCCAGUCCGUCCUUGUCCAUUCUGCGUGCGGUGGAGUUGGACUAGCUGCUCUCCAAGUAUGCCAGGCUGUUGGGACUGAGAUAUAUGCAACCGUCGGCAACGAUAAAAAGGUAGCCUACUUGAUGGAGAAUUUUGCUUUACCUCGAGAACGCAUAUUCAACUCCCGCAACACGUCCUUCCAGCCGGACUUGAUGCGUGCCACUGGUGGACGGGGAGUUGAUCUGGUGCUUAAUUCACUAUCGGGUAACUUACUCCAUGCUUCGUGGGAAUGCGUUGCAAAGUUUGGUCGAAUGGUUGAACUAGGAAAACGUGACUUUAUAAGCCAUGGCAUGCUCAAUAUGAGUCUUUUCGAAGCUAACCGAGCAUUUUUCGGUGUUGACCUCGCACAGGUCUGCAAGGAGACACCAGAUAUUCUCAAAAGCACCCUGGCAACAUUUUCAGACUGGUAUCGUCAAGGGAAAAUUGGACCUAUCCAUCCUGUCAAAGUCUUUGACGCGGCCGACAUAAUCAGUGCAUUUCGGUAUAUGCAGGCAGGCACUCAUCUAGGUAAGAUAUUAGUGCGUAUGCCUUCCUCGGUGGAGAGCUUGCCCCCUCCGGCUGUGAAAACAUUUCCGUCAUUCCGACCUGACGCCGCUUAUCUACUCAUUGGUGGGCUCGGUGGUGUUGGGCGAUCUGUAUCAACAUGGAUGGUCGAGCAGAAUGCACGAGAACUCAUCUUCCUCUCGCGGUCAGCUGGAAAAUCUGAGGGGGAUCAAGCAUUUAUCCGCGAACUUGAAGCGCAGUCUUGCCGAGUCUUGUGUGUGGCAGGCAAUGUGACAAACCUCAACGAUGUGAAGGAGGCUGUUGCCGCAUGCACGCAGCCCCUUGCUGGUGUUCUCCAAAUGGCAGUUGACUUGAAGGAUCGACUCUUCCUGCAGAUGAGCCACGAGGAGUGGGAAGCCGCACUGGCUCCAAAAGUUACAGGAACCUGGAACCUCCAUCAUGCCACAGCACAAUGCUCAUUAGAUUUCUUUGUCGUGUUUGGCUCAAUUGCCGGGGUGUGUGGUAACACUGGCCAGGCCAAUUACGCUGCAGCAACUACAUUUCUAGAAGCGUUCACACGAUAUCGACGGCAGCGGGGACUUCCUUCUUCUAUCUUGCACCUAGGAGUGGUUGGAGAUACGGGUGCUGCAAGUCGCAACUCCCGAUUCCUCCAGAGAGUACAAUCGAUCGCGCUGCAGGUACUCCAUGAAGGUGAAGUGAUUGAUGGACUUGCUGCAGCUAUCAACAUAUCCCCGGUUAGUAGUUCCAACAUGAGCGGAGUAAUAGCAAUGGGACUCGCACACACAAGGCGGCGCGCCGAUCUUCCUAAGGAAAUCUUCCUAGGUGGGCGCGACGCUCGAUUUUCAAUAUACCCUAACCUUGAGUCUAAGAGUGCUGGCCCUGGUGGGGACCAAUCCACUCAUGCGAAUGCGUUGAAAGCACUCCUUGCCCUAAUACAAGCAGAUCCCUCGUUAACGGGCAAAAAGGAGACUGAGGUCGCCUUGAUGAGAGAACUGGGCAAGUUUAUCAGUCACAACCUUACAGGGCAGGCGCAGGAGCAGGGCUCAGAUACCGCAGAUGACACUGAGGCAAUGGCGGGCAUGGCAGUAGACUCCCUCAUGGCCAUAGAGGUUAGAAAUUGGCUGCGAAGGUCUCUGGGCGUGGAAAUCCCUACAGUGGAAAUCAACCGAGCAGGUACAUUAGGAGGUUUGGUAAAGGUCGUUUUGAAGGGUCUUGGAGAGAAAUAUGAUCAGCGUGCUACCUAA